AUGUCUGACGAAGUAUCGCUCGAGUUCAAAGGCAAGGUCGCCGUGAUCACGUUCAACCUCCCCAAGGCGCUCAAUGCGUUAACUUACCAACAGUACAUUGCCCUCGGUAAAGCGAUGGAAGAAGCCAAUGAGGAUGAGGACUCGGUGGUCACGAUCAUCCAAUCCUCAGGCAGAUUCUUCUCGGCGGGGGCGAACAUGAAGGAUGUCGGCUCGCUGCUGAGCACCGACCACGAGUACUGGCUCCAGCGGUUUGUCGGCCGCAACGUGUGGCUCGCCGACGUCUUCCACAACCACAAGAAGAUCAUCGUCGCCGCCGUCAACGGUCCUGCCAUUGGCCUCAGUGCCGCUUUGCUCGCUCUUUCCGAUGUCAUUUACGUCAAGGAAAAGGCCAAAUUCUACUUAUUGGCCCCCUUCUCCAACUUGGGCUUGGUGUGUGAAGGGAUGGCGCUGGCGUCGCUCUACCAGCGUUUGGGGUGGCUGUUGGCUCUGGAAGCAAUCGUGUUCGCUCGUCCCAUCCAGGGUGAAGUGCUUGAACGCGUUGGGUUCAUCAAUAAGCUGUUUGACGGUCAAUUCAGCUCGACGGAAGAAUUUAACGCCGCCAUCGAGAAAAUGGUGACGGAAAUGUUUGAAAACUUGUACUACCCGCUGAUGUUGGCCAACAAGCAGUUGCUUAAAGCUAACCGUGACGCCAUGCUCAACGCUGCCAAUGCUAAGGAAGCCGUGGUCGGGUUCGACAAGUGGAUCCAGGGGGUGCCUCAAGACCGCUUCAAGCAAUUGAGAGAGGGUAAGAUCAAGCACAAGAUGUAG